AGUUUCUCGGGAGAGAGGAGAGCAGGAACGAGAGCGGACCCGAGCGCAGUCUUCGGAGCUUCAGCUCCAGCAUCCCGCCAGGGGUUGCAGGUGUGUGGGAGGUAAGCGUGGUGCCUCUUUCAGGUGUCCACACACUGCCGGGUUUUACUGCCCAAGAGAAAGCCGCCUUCUAUGGGUACUAUUUCAAAGGCACAGCUUAGAGAGUCUGCCUUGGGCUAGGAAACCUGUGCAAUCCCUUUUGGGUAAAAGAUGUACAUAUCUGUACUUUUUGGGGAAAAAUCAAAAGAUGGCUUGACCGUGGGCAUAAAAGGGCGUGGUUAGUGUUUGAGUUGUACCAUUAAAUUUUUUUUUAGAAGAUCUCAAAAUUGAGAAAAACCCUGGUAAUUGGUUUCGCUUGGUGGAUGUUAUCUGGUGGAUGUUAUUAUUUUUUAGACUUAAAACUAUUCCAACAUGGCUGUUCUUGGACUCUUCUCUCUGCUGGUUCUGCAAAGUAUGGCUUUCGGGGCCACUUUGCCUGAUGAAACCAUUGCUGAGUUGUCAGUGAAUAUGUAUAACCAUCUUCGAGCAACUGGGGAAGAUGAAAAUAUUCUCUUCUCUCCAUUGAGCAUUGCUCUUGCAAUGGGAAUGAUGCAACUUGGGGCCCAAGGGUCCACCCUGAAAGAAAUCCGUCAUUCAAUGGGCUAUGCUAACCUGAAAAGUGGUGAAGAAUUUUCUUUCUUGAAAGAUUUUUCUAACAUGGUAACUGCUGAAGAGAGCCAGUAUGUGAUGAAAAUUGCCAAUUCCCUCUUUGUACAAAAUGGAUUUCAUGUCAAUGAUGAGUUUUUGCAACUGAUGACAAAAUACUUUAAUGCAGAAGUAAAUUAUGUGGAUUUCAGUCAAAAUAUAGCUGUGGCCAGCUACAUCAAUAAAUGGGUGGAGAACAACACAAAUAAUCUGUUGAAAGAUUUGGUAUCCCCAAGGGAUUUUGAUGCUGUCACUCAUCUGGCCCUUAUCAAUGCUGUCUACUUCAAGGGGAACUGGAAGUCACAGUUUAGACCUGAAAACACCAGAACCUUUUCUUUCACAAAAGAUGAUGAAAGUGAAGUCCAGAUUCCAAUGAUGUAUCAACAAGGGGAAUUUUAUUAUGGGGAAUUUAGUGAUGGUUCCAAUGAAGCUGGUGGUAUCUACCAAGUCCUAGAAAUACCAUAUGAGGGAGAUGAGAUAAGUAUGAUGCUGGUACUGUCCAGACAGGAGGUCCCACUGGCUACCCUGGAACCAUUGGUCAAAUCACAACUGAUUGAAGACUGGGCAAACUCAGUGAAGAAACAAAAAGUAGAAGUGUACCUGCCCAGGUUCACAGUGGAACAGGAAAUUGAUUUAAAAGGUGUUUUGAAGGCUCUUGGAAUAACUGAAGUUUUCAUCAAAAAUGCAAAUUUGACAGCUCUGUCUGAUAAGAAAGAGCUUUUCCUUUCCAAAGCAAUUCACAAGUCCUUCAUAGAGGUUAAUGAGGAAGGCUCAGAAGCUGCUGCUGCCUCAGGAAUGAUUGCAAUUAGUAGGAUGGCAGUGCUGUAUCCUCAAGUUAUUGUCGACCAUCCAUUUUUCUUUCUUAUCAGAAACAGGAGAACAGGUACAAUCUUAUUCAUGGGACGAGUCAUGCAUCCUGAAACAAUGAACACAAAUGGACAUGAUUUUGAGGAACUUUAAAUAAUUUCAUUUAAAUAACAUGGAAAAGAAAACAGUAACUAAGCACAUUAUGUUUGCAACUCCUAUAUAUUUAAGAUUUGUGUUUUACAGUGUAUCUUAAGAUAAUAUUUAAAAUAGCUCUGGAUAAAAACAACAAUGUAUGUAAAUUAUAAGUCAGCCUUAUCAAGGAAUGUUAUCAGUAUUAUUAAGGUUGUGGUCCUGUUAUGUCAUUGUGUUUGUUGUGCUGGUAUUUAAAAUAAAAGUACAUACUGAACAUGUGAA